CAUGAGCUGCCUCUGCCUCUCUGCAGCCCUUCUCGUCCUCCUGGGCACCCUAGUGGCCGGCACCCCGGGGGGUGAAACCAGCAACCAGGCCCAAGCCCUGCGCCCUGCCUUGUGCCUGGAGCCUCCCUACACAGGUCCCUGCAGGGCCCUGUUCAUCAGAUACUUCUACAACGCCAAGUCUGGGCUCUGCGAGACCUUCGUUUACGGUGGGUGCAGAAGGAAGCAGAACAACUUCCUGGAUAAGGAGGACUGCAUCAGCACCUGUGGUGGCCGCAACAGGGCCCUAGGAGCGCCGGGCAGCUGGGAUCCCCUGAGAUGGUGACGUCCUAGGAGGCCCCACACAGGGCUGGGCUCUGGCUUCUGAAAGAGUUGAGCCGCUUCCUCUGCUUCCUUCUCAGACCUACCCUCCUCAGCAGAACUCUGCCUCUUUCCUCACCUUCAUCCCACUCUCCACCAUCACUGCACUCCUUGGAGGGGGCAGCAAUGGAAGUUCUGGCAUCCAGUUCUGAGCGUCAGUGGUGGCAGAGGAUUUUUCAAUAAAGAAACCCCUUUUCCCCACA